AUGACGUUGCGCCUGGGCAGGACGCCAGGCUCCUCUAUAACAGUGGUAUUCAAAGUACCUGGGUCGAGGGCCGGCUCGCGAGCCUUCCAGGGCCAAGUCAGCUACGAGGAUGCGUACAACUAUGCCUUGAGCAUUGCUCUGCUGCACUACUUGCUGCAGCCCAAAAAGAAGAAGAAGGAGUACAUCACGGUGCCCAAGGCGCCCAAUAGGGUCCAGUCUUACACGCACAACAUUGGGGACCUACUCAAGGAGUUCAUACCCACGGGUGGGAGCACAGUCAAACUCCCACGGGACUUUCGUGCCUCUCUGGAGAAGCGCAUGGAGCGUGUGGUCAAGGGCACCUUUGACCAACCGGGUUACACAGACCCGAACGUAAAACGAACCUUUGCGGAAGCCUACACAAACUUUACCGAGCAAGACUUCCGCAAGACGAUCGACAGGGAUCGUACACUGGAGCCUUUGAUCCUCAAGUUUUAUGCUGCUGCUGUCAAAGCAAUGAGUCAGGGAAGGGCACCUGACGACCAUUCGUGGAAGAUCCUCGUCGACAGGCACCUCGCUCUCUUUGUCAGGCUCAUGAUGAGCAUCUUCAGGAAGCAUGGGACUGAGAAGGAUAGGGAACUCAUGGCUCGCCUGCAGACGUUGGAACAGAAGCUGCUGCGGAACGACCAAGACCUGUUCAUCGACACCGGCCAGGACAAGGAGCACAAGACAAUCGAGGUCGAGAUUCCCCACAGCUAUGAAAUCAAGGAUAUGCAUAUGGUCCAAAUUGUGGGCAGGAUAUUUGGCCGGGAGACUACUCAACUGCAGUCAGAUGUCGACCUGAACAAAAAUAUAUGGACAGAAGAAGCGGCCCUCAAGGACCUCAAGGCCUACCAGCAUCGCCUAGACUCGAACAUGGACGGAGCACUUCGAAGACAAGACUUUGAUGUCAACGAAUCUUUCGAGGAGUGGAAGAAGGGUGAGCGCGAUCAUCUUACAUCGAUGAUGUUGGACAUACUGAGAGUCCGCCCGGAUCUCGCUAAGACCGUCACAAGCUUCGACAAACCUCUCCCUGUGCGGCCGACGUCCAUCUACGGAGAGGACCAGGCAUACGCGGAUCUGGCAAAGAUGCUGAACAACGAAUCAGCCACUGGUCCCGGGGGUGAACCCAGCUUUGGCUUGAGCAACCUCUCUCUGGACGACUCCGCCAGCAUUCGAAGUGUCGACGAAGCCAGCUACACCUUCAUUCCCCCUGACCCGAGGUCUUAUUACCGGACAGUCCUACAGCAUGCCAUGACCUAUGACCAGGCCCACCCCGAGUUCGAGACCUUCACACCGUUGUCUCAACAAUCACUGGAGCUGCUGAAUGAUCUGUCUGGCUGGUGGCGCCUGCCGCAAUUCACCAGACACAUUGCCUUUCUCGAGGUUGCUGUGCGCAAGUUCCUAGACCAGGAGAUCAAGGGCGAGGAUCUGGACGAGUGCUUUGAGUUUGUCAAGAACCCACAGCCAGAGCCUAAGAAGCUUCCGCGCAUACAACUCUACACGGCCACCUUGCCCGAGAUCGACCCGAGCCGAUGGACGUUGGUAGACUACUCCCUGUACCAGCAAAUCCUCGGCGCCCUCCAUGACGCACUUCUGCGGGAUCUCUAUGAUGUGAUGAUGUACUGCUACCAACCCAAGGCUCCCAGUGCUGGUGUGGUGAUGCAUCUUCUACUAAACCAAAUCUACCCCGAUCCUAGCUUUGUCAAAAAAGAGGAAGACUUAGACCGGUUCUCUAGGCAGCUAGCGGAAGGGCUCAAGGCGCAGGCCGAUCAAGUCUACCAUGGUUUUCUUGAAACGGAGGUACCUGCGGCCAAGGAGGACUGGAAUUUCAGUCAUGUGGUGAACCUAGGGAGUGCAGUCACGAAGUUGUGCCAGAGGAUCAAGAAGAGAUAUACCAAGAACCCGGAAAUCAUGGGCGUAUCUCCUUUCGCAGUCCUGGUGCAGGCGAUCUUCCCUAGUUUUGAAGAGGACGCAAAGGCGCUAAUUGAGACCAUUGUCGUGGCAGCUAAGGAAGCCGGGCUGGAGGUCAAUGUCCAGGACGGGUUUGACUUGUACAAGGAGUUGGUCGAGAUCCGUAAGACGCACGUCCAAUACAUACCUGACCAGCCCUUUGCCUUCGACAUCGAGGGCCAACUAGAAGAGUUCGUCUGGCGAUGGAUCAACGACGCCGAGAGCAGGAUGACGUCGUUUGUCGAAGAAGCCAUCAAGCAGGAUCAGUUUCAGGUCCGGACGGCACACCCUGACGACAUUCCAACGGAUACGCAGCGGCACAGUGUCUCCAUCAUCGACGUAUUCCAGCUGUUCAAUCAGACAGCGGACCAGAUUUUCCAGUUGAACUGGGACAAUGAUGUCCACCAUGCCAAAUUCAUGACAUCCCUAGCCAAGGCCUUUGCUGCAGGCAUAGGUCGGUACUGUGAGAUUGUCGAGGGCAAGUUUGCCAAGGAGAUGGACCGCCAGAGUGCAGCGGAUCUGGCAGCAGCGCAGCGGACUGCCCAGGAGCGCAUGAUACAGAUGGCGAAGGAUGCCUGGAACCAGAAGGAGAAGAUAGAACCGUUCCAGUUCUACUCAGAGUCAUUCGUCAAAUUGAACAACAUAGAGUACGCCAUGCAGUCGCUUGACAAAUUAGAGCAUACGAUGAACGUCGAUGCAUGCGCUGAGCUGCUGAGAGCGAAGGAAGGGCCCAGAGACCGGCUGCGCAAGCCAGACAAGUAUGUCUUCACCGUCAAGGUUGUCGAAGCUGAAGACAUCAAAGCCUGCGACCCCAAUGGAUAUAGCGAUCCGUACGUCGUUUUGGUGGACGAAUAUCAGAAGCGUCUGGCCAAGACUCGUGUUGUGUCGCGAACACUUAACCCUCGGUGGGACGAGUCUGUUGAUGUUACCGUCACUGGCGCCGUCAACGUGAUCGCUACAAUAUGGGACUACGAUACAUUCGGAGACCAUGACUUUGUGGGUCGGACUUCUCUAAAACUCGACCCGGUUCACUUCAGCGACUACCUACCCAGGGAGUUUUGGCUGGACCUUGACACUCAGGGUCGACUAUUGAUAAGAGUCAGCAUGGAGGGCGAGAAGGAUGAUAUCCAAUUUCACUUCGGAAAGGCCUUCAGACACUUGAAGCGGACGGAGCGAGACAUGGUGCGAAAAAUUACUGACAAGCUCUCAACUGUCAUCAAUGCCUCGCUUUCUCACGAGGCACUGAAGGGUUUGCUUAGCCGUGGCAUUGCGGCAUCUAUCGGCAACAUGUGGAAGACGCGGAAGACGGCUGCUCCGCCAGUCACACAGCAGGACAUUGAGAAUGCGCUGCGGUCGCUGUUCGACUACUUUGACGAGAACUUUGCCAUCAUGAAGCAGACACUUACAGAUGCGACCAUGGUGGCUGUCAUGACGAGACUGUGGAAGGAAGUGCUGAUGGCCAUCGAGAACCUACUUGUGCCCCCGCUCUCAGACAAGCCUUCAACUCAGAAGCCACUGACGCAAGUCGAGCUGGACGUGGUUUACAAGUGGCUUGAGCUGCUAUUUGAGUUCUUCAACGCCAAGGACGAAGACGGAGAGGUACUAGGUGUCCCAGCAGAGGUCCUGAAGUCGCCUAAGUGGCACGAAUUGGCGUCGCUCAACUUCUGGUACUUCGACUCGACUGAUUCCCUGAUCCGCACGUCGGAGCGGAUGGUAGCAGCAACCCAGCAGCGCGCCCAGCAGCAGGCGCAGCAAGCGUCGCGGCAGUCUGCACCCGCCGCCCUGGGCCCAACCUUCAACAGUGCAGCAUUCGGCAGCAUGGGGACGAUUCGGCGUGGCAAGAGCAUCAUGAUGAGUCGCAACCUGGGAACGAUGCGGCGGGCAAAGGAGGAGAAGCGCAAGGAAGCUCAGGCGGAUCCAUCGGACGAUAUGAUCCUCCGGAUCUUGCGCAUGCGGCCUGAGGCUGCCGGCUACCUGAGGGACAGACACAGGCAAAAGGAGCGCAUGGCGGCGAGCCAGGCGGCAGCGGCAAUUGUGAGGCAGAGUAUUCACCAGGGGUUCAGUACGGGUGCGUACGGGAACCUGCCGAGGCGGUAGGAAAGCCAGCUUGCUCCUGUGUGGGAACGUCCAGGUUUGUUGAUGUCAUGAGUGAGUGCAAGCGGGCGUGUCAUUGUUGGUUUCCAUUCGUGGCUGGUAUUCUUUUGAUCGAAUUUGUCUCUCUUUCUCUCUCUCCUAUCACGGCUAGCAAGUAUGGAAUCGUAAUGACAAAGCAGAAGAUGAUUUGAUGUCUCUGCUUAGGCCGGUAGCGGAUACCCUUGACUUAAGAGGAGGAAGCCUGGGGGGUUAAGAGGCGAACGACGAUGAACAUAACUAUGAUAUGGUAGAUUUUUGCAUUCGGUAGCUAUAUUCAAGGUUUUGGUUUUAUGGGUUUUGUUCAUUUCAUUUCAAUUCAUCGUCUUUUUCUCUCUC